CGGGUGUUGUUCUGCUUCUCACUUGCUAAUUUCUUAGCCAGAUUGAUCAAUGGAGAAGUCAAUGAUCGAGAAGUCAAUGAAGCCUAAGCAGACGAGUGUUCAGAGGCUGUGCUGCUCUGUUCAGAACUAUGAUUGGGGGAAGAUAGGCCCGGACUCUGAGGUGGCCAGGCUCUAUGCUUCCAAUUCCGGCUCUGAAAUCGACCCGGAAAAGCCUUAUGCUGAGUUUUGGAUGGGAACUCAUGAUUCAGGACCCUCAUUCUUGAUUCAGAAGGACCUCAAUGGGAUGUCCAUGUCCCUCAAGGAGUGGAUUUCGACCAACUCGAAUGAGCUGCUUGGUCAUAAAGUCGUCCAGAAGUGGGGCUCUGACCUCCCUUUCUUGUUUAAGGUGCUGUCUGUGAGGAAAGCAUUGUCGAUACAGGCUCAUCCGGAUAAGGAUUUGGCCAAACUUUUGCACAAGUUUAUGCCGAGUGCUUACAAGGACGAUAAUCACAAGCCUGAGAUGGCCCUUGCUAUAACUCAUUUUCAGGCUCUUUGUGGCUUUGUCACUCUUGAGGAGCUUAAAGGUGUGCUUGAUAAUGUCCCUGAGAUUGUACAAGUGGUUGGUAGUGAAGUAGCAAACCAAGUGUUUGACACCACAAAUGAAGAUGGGGAAGAUAAAGUCAAGUCUGUUCUGCGUUUAAUUUUUACCCAACUCAUGUCAGCAACCAAAGAGAUUGUGACUACAGCAACGACCAAACUGAAAAAUCGCUUACACAUGGAAAAUCAGGUGAGGCAGUUGACAGAGAAGGAGCAACUGGUGUUGGAAUUGGAAAGGCAGUAUCAUGAUGAUGUUGGUGUCAUAUCUGCUUUCUUUCUCAACUAUGUCAAGCUUAGUCCCGGAGAAGCAUUAUACCUCGGAGCAAAUGAACCUCAUGCCUAUAUGUUUGGUGACUGUGUCGAGUGCAUGGCAACUUCUGAUAAUGUAGUCAGGGCCGGCCUCACUCCCAAGCAUCGGGAUGUCAAAACCCUUUGUUCUAUGCUCACAUAUAAGCAGGGCUGCCCUGAAAUUUUGAAAGGAGUUGCCUUAAAUUCUUAUGUGACAAGGUACCUCCCACCUUUUGACGAGUUUGAGGUCGAUCGGUGCCAUCUUCCCCAGGGAGAAUCAGUGGAAUUUCCUGCAGUCCAAGGUCCUUCCAUUUUCGUUGUCACUUUUGGGGAGGGAAUCAUAUAUACAAGCGAUUUUACAGGAGAUAUAAAUAUCACACAAGGAGAGGUUCUUUUCGUGCCUGCAGGUACGGAAAUUGGCAUAACAAGUGCAUCUGAGUUGCACAUAUAUAGAGCCGGAGUGAACAGCAUGUUCUUUCAACUCCCAUAAUUCCAGAAUCCAUGAGCUUCUUGGGAGAUACAAACAAGCUGUUGCUAUAGCAUGUUUGAUAUUAAGAUAGAAAACUAUAAACUAUAGAAUUGUCAUGUAAGUGUCUUUGCAAUGUAUGUAGUAUAUAAGAAUCGAAUAAGAAUUGAUCGAUCUAGUUCUAAAUUAUUGGGAAAGAAAAAUUAUAUCUAUC